AGAAGUCUCACCUGGCGGACUUCACCGAAAAUGGUAAUCGAGGGAAACGCAACUGAGACUCGGGACUUUCCCAUGCAGGGAAACAUGCAGACCGGAAAGGUGGUCCAUACAUACCGGGACUAUUCGCAAGAAGUCGAGACUAAGUUUGAGGCCAGCAGGCACAUGUCUGAUACCAUCACCGCUGACACGGCAUCGAAAGGCUGCCGGGCCGAGGAGAACUUCCCAAUAAAGCUUCAUUACAUGCUCUUGGAACUUCAACGAGACGGGCUCGAUCACAUUGUUUCGUGGCAACCUCACGGACGGUGCUUUGUUGUACACAAGCAAAAGGAGUUUGUGGAGCAUAUUCUACCUUUCAAAGUGGACACUGAAAGGGAAUUAUUUUUAACGAAAGUAUCGCGUCGGAAUAUUGAGCAUCUCACACGUCUUCGUCUUGUUUCUGACAGCUGGUUCAGGCAAAGUAAAUUCCCUUCUUUUCAGCGACAACUGAACCUUUACGGUUUCAAGCGAUUAACAGCGGGUAAGAGCGGUUUCCAUUUUCCUAGCAGCCUCAGUUGUCCUUUGGAUGAAGAACUCACUUUUGCAUCACCAAUCCCAAUCUCCUUCGCAGGGCGUGACAAAGGCGGAUACUACCAUGAACUUUUUCUUCGAGGGGCUCGCAAACCAAGUUCACCGGAAACGGAACCGAACUUUUACAGGACCAUAUAUCUCCCCCUAGAACCCAUUUCGGGAAGGCAAGCGAAGACAAACUCCGUAUCCACUUUGUCAUCCCAGAUGCCAAAUAUUUUGAAUCGGUUCAAUUCCGCUCUACCGGAUCCGAACGGUCGAAUUUCGUUACAUCAGCAACUCCUUGCGACGUAUCCGCAUUCGCCACAAUCGUUUCAGCCUUCCCCGGCGUCACUAUUACCGGCUGAGUUACUUAUCAUGAAAUUGCAGCGAGAGCGACUUCAGCAAGAUAUCAUCAUGGCCUCUCAGUGUUUUGACGGUCGUCUUGCUGGCCUUGGUCUAGAUGGAAGCGGCGCGAUUGCGCAUCCCAAUAAUUCCGCUCUGGCGUUGGCUGCGGCAUUUGUCCGGAGUCAAAGCAACCCGUUCGCGUCCACGACAAGGUAGUGACAUGAAGGUGCCGAUUGUCGGGGGCUCUACAUCAUAAAGUGAGUUCAGUAGCAGCUUCCUUUACAUAAUUUUGACAUUAGUUUUUUG